UUAAAGUCUCUCGUUCUCUGUUCUGAGCCCCUGAGCCGACCCCCCGGUCACCAUGGCGGACGACUCGGACAUGCGGAAUGAACUGACCAACCUGCAGGAGAGAGCCGACCAGCUGGCAGAUGAGUCGCUGGAGAGCACUCGGCGCAUGCUGCAGCUGGUGGAGGAGAGCAAAGAUGCUGGUAUCAGAACUUUGGUUAUGCUGGAUGAGCAGGGAGAACAACUGGAGCGCAUCGAGGAGGGAAUGGAUCAGAUCAAUAAGGACAUGAAAGAAGCAGAAAAGAAUUUGACGGAUCUAGGAAAUCUCUGUGGUCUUUGUCCGUGUCCCUGUAACAAACUGAAAGGUGGGGGUCAGUCCUGGGGCAACAAUCAGGACGGAGUGGUGUCCAGCCAGCCGGCCCGCGUGGUGGACGAGCGUGAGCAGAUGGCCAUCAGUGGAGGCUUCAUCCGCAGGGUAACGAACGAUGCGCGAGAGAAUGAAAUGGAUGAAAAUCUGGAGCAGGUCGGGAGCAUCAUCGGAAACCUGCGCCACAUGGCCCUCGACAUGGGCAACGAAAUCGACACUCAGAACCGCCAGAUCGACAGGAUUAUGGAGAUGGCUGAUUCUAACAAAACUAGGAUUGAUGAGGCCAACCAGCGUGCCACAAAGAUGUUGGGAAGUGGCUAAACUGCAAAAAAAACAUCCUUUAACCCCCAUAAACCCCCCCAACCCCCGACCCCCUCCCAAACCUUGCAGUGUACCAGCCAUGUUCUACCAACAGCAUUCGCCCUCCAGCUCUACACACCUGCACAUAUCAGCACCUCGCAGCGCCCCCUGUAGAGACGUGUCGUUCUGUGUCGUCUGUCUUUAAUGCUAGUCUCAGUGUAUAAAUGGACGUUCGCUCUGUAUUUAACCCUGCCGGACGGCUCCGCUCUGUGUAUAUAGUGCAUAUCUGGUGGCUAGAUUUCUCGCACAAAGGUUUUUUCUCUUUUUUCUUUGUUUGUUUCUCUUUUUUAAAGUAAGAUAUUUAUUAAAUUGACUUCUUUUCUGGAUAUAAAUUCAUUGAUGUAUUGAUAUAAACACGUGAGCUGUUUGUUUUAGAGUAGUGGUGAAAGCAGAUGUAGAAGCGGAUGGAGGUCUCGUACAGGAUAUCAGAAAAGCAGCAGUAAUAAAAAAGGCUGCCUACUCAGAGACUUCAUAACACAUGCAUAAGCAUUGCACAGCCAAAUUAAAAAGCAAUCUGUUCAGUUUAUAACACUGUUAUAAAGCACUUAUAAAGCAGAGGUAUAGUUGAGAAAAACCACAUACUGUCAGUUCUGUGAAAAAUGACCUGUAAAUGCGAACUAUUAGUAUUAUUAUAAAUGUUUACUAUACGUUUCUUAUACUUGGGAACGCUACAGUGUUAGAAAUGAAACGUCCAUCACUUUAGUUUAAAUGGAUCCUGACCGUUCAGACAUACAGGCCCCAGUAUGGUGUGCAGGUCCAAUAGCAUUCAAAUAUGUUGCAUAAACCAAGCAAAAUACCAUAUUUAUUAUUCAAAAUCCUUUGCCUAGUACGCUGUCGUCUUUGUUGCUCUCUCUCUCUCGUCCACUGAGUGAGAAGUAAGCUUGAAAUCUAAGGCCAGAAAGAGACUCAAUGCAAGGAUGCGAACGCAAACGACAGAGCUCAGCCAGCGCACUGCAAACACUCGGUCCGUCUGUACAGACUCACUGUGCGCUCUUAUGCUGCUUUUAAACACUCAGUGCUCAAGGGAGGCGCUAGAGGACAAAUCAGAGAGGAUCUACUGUUAUUCCCACAGUCUCAACAGCUAAACGUGGACAGUAGAGGAGAGUGAGCUGCUUUAGCUCCUCCGCUGGAAUAUAAAGGCCAAAAUGGAUCAUAUUUUUAUGUUUAUGUAAGCCGAUGUUGCGUGAGACAGUUGAGAAACACGCUGGUGGUACGAGACCACCUGGACAGGCUCGGCGCCCCCUGCCGUAACGGUCACGCGCUCAAGUCGUGUUAUAAAAUGUGUCAUGACACAUUUCUGAUCGCAGCUGUGUGCAAAACCCCACCUGCGUAGCUCCAAGUAUGUUUUGGGCCUAAUAUAUUAUACAGUCUUUCCAGCUUUAGCUAGAACGUUCCUCAAGAGAAGAACUUUUUGAUUGUCUUAUUUUCCAUAGGACUGACUCCACUGCAACCAUAUGACAUCACAGUGCAACAGUGGUGACCUGCUAGUGGAGGAAUUUUGCCUAUUUGUCAUUUUUUUAAAUAAACAAAACAUUUCCAUUUGGUUUAUCUGUCAUAUUUUAAUAGUUUUGGACAAAUUCACUGUUUUAAGGCGUCCAAGUCUAAACAGUCAGGCUUCCCUUUAAGGCCUCCUCUGUCAAUACAGUGUCAUUUGUAUAAUAAACCUUGCGAAUACUGACAUAACCUGUUCAUAACUACUACUAAUUACUAUUCAUCACUUAUGAAUGUGUUAUUAAGUCCCUGCAUAGGUUGCUGAAAGUAAUGGUGUUUAUUAGUCCUGUGUUACUUUCUCUGGUAACAGUGAGUAGAUCUGAGGAAACUGCGUUCUGCUGAGAGUCUUUGCAGCACCACUCUUCAUAAUUAAUGACCGUCUGCAGAACUGUGUCAGUCGUUGUAAAAUAUUAAUGGAAAAAUGCCAAUAAAAAUACAAAGAUAGUGCUAAACAACGUC